AUAAUCCAAAAUCCUUUCAUUAAAUAAAUGGCCAAGUGUGAUCAAAAGGACCAAGAAGAAAUCAAAAUCAACCUAAAGGACCCUCUAAAUACCGGAAGCACAGGUUUUGAAGAUGAAGCUACAGAAGAUAAUGACCAAGUCAACGAUAGCUAUCUUUUAGACCCCUUAUUAUCCCAAACUACAAAGUGUAAAAGAUCUGACUUUUUCAGGGGAAGUGAUAAUUUCUCAAAAAGUGAGAUAUUAGCACAACCAAAACUUUCUGGAAAAUUCUCCUAUGACUCCGUUGACAAAAUCAGUUUUAAGAUCAAGAAGAGGAACAAGUUCAGAACUUAUCCUCAGAGCUGAUUGCGCGAAAAGAGCAGCUCAGUUAGAUUCGAUAGAUCUGGUAACCAGAUCUCUACCAAGCUAAAGUCUGUGAAAGAUUCUGAGAAUAGUAAGAUCAAGGAAGAGGAGGAGGAUGAGCCAAAAAGGCAGGAUGCUAAUUUUCAGAUCCCUGAGGAAAAUAAUUUCCAUAUCUCUUUCAAAGAUCAAAUCCAGAAAAAACCUCUCAUGAUGGUAUUUGAAGUGGAAAGUUUCAAAAAGUACAAUGGGGAACAGAAGUGAUGAGCCGAUCUCCCUUGUACAAUUUUUUAAGCCAAGAAGGCACUAAAUUUAUCGAUAAUUUAUCGCUACC